AACAACUUGCAGCAUAAUUUGGUACUGUGCCUGUUAAACUUCUUUUUACUGGAUAUAUACACAUUAUUUCACGGUUCCCUUUCUGCGAUCAUCAGGUUCUUCUACGAAUAGCAGUUACACCGGGUGCGGGGAACAAUCAUUCGAGCUCAGCACAAUUAAAUCAGACCGCAUUUGAGGACUUCAUAACGAGAAUUGACUAAUCGCUUAUAAUGCCUCUCGAUACCUCUACAACAUACCCUCUCACGAAACUGCGUCUUGACGGUCGGCGAUGGAACGAGCUUCGGCUACUUCAAGCACAAAUAUCCACGAACCCGGCUAGCUCAGGGUCAUCCUAUUUGGCAAUGGGAAAUACAACCAUCCUAUGCUCAGUACACGGCCCUGCAGAAGGGCGUCGAGGCGAUGCGACCGGUGGCUCUGCGGGUUCUUCAGGAGCAGUGGUGGAAGUCGAUGUGAACAUCGCAGGGUUUGCGAGCGUCGACCGGAAGCGACGAGCAGGCGGGAGUGAUAGACAAUCCGGCCGCAUUGCGUCAACAUUGCGUUCCGCUUUCCAAUCGCACCUUCACACAUAUCUGUACCCACAUAGUACAAUCAGCAUUCACGUCUCUGUUUUGUCGUCGGACGGCUCGGUUCUCGCCGCCGCAGUCAAUGCCUGCACGCUGGCACUGGUGGACGCCGGGAUACCGAUGCCCGGGUUGCUGUGCGGAUGUACAGCAGGGAUGAGUGGCAGUGCCUCGACGCCAAGAGAUCCGAUGAACGACACCCUGGACCCUUUGUUGGAUGUCUCCUUACCGGAAGAGCAAGAGCUCCCAUUCCUUACUGUUGCAACGACCUCGGCUCCUGCCGUUAUGACAGAUGGCGAUGAAGAUGACAUGAAAGUCUCGAUGCUGACAAUGGAUUCAAAAGUGCAUUACAGUUAUAUCGAGACGAUGCUGGCUGUAGGCGUGGAUGGGUGUAAGCAGGUCCGUGAAAUCCUCGACAGUGUGAUCAAAGGAUCGAGCCGGAGGUGA